AUGAACAGUGUCCUACCAACAUUAACAUGGGGUACAUGGGAUGACGUCAGAUGGACGUCUCUGAAUGGCAUCAUUGAUGAUUCUGUUGCUUCGGUUGCUUCUACAGCUGUGGAUUGCGCAAUAUCAUCGAAAAAACAGCGAAGCUUUUGCAAACUGCGCAAAAAGGCUCUGCGGAAGCCCAAGAACUCGCAGCUUUGGUUCGAAGAACUGCUCGAGUGUGUCGAAAGCACUUCAUUUAGCCGCAAUUCGACCAAAUACCACUGCAAUCCACUUAGAUGUUUGCACACAUCAAAAGCGUCUCCAAAUGAGAUAGCAAAGGGGAUUCCUUGGGAUGACCUACCCGACGGAAUUCUCCCACGCAAUGGCAAACUACCGAUAGAGCGAGCAAGAAACAAGCGGCAACAAGUGGACAAUCUAGCAGUCUUUCUACAAACCAUACUGAGACCAGGCGAUGUGAUUGUUGAGUUUUGUGCAGGUUCUGGAUACGUGGCACUGCCGCUUGCUUGUCUUUUUCCACAGUGUACAUUCGUUCUACUUGAGAAGAAAGAGCAUUCUCUUGCUAUCGCCAAGAAACGGAUUGCUGCCGCCCACUUGACAAACGUGGAGAUUUCCUGUGGGUUUGUUAACGACUACUUCAAACCUUUUGACGUGGGCAUUGCCCUGCACGCUUGUGGUGAGGCCACCGACAUGGUGAUGCAGAAAUGUCUCGUGGAGCGGGCUGCGUACGUGCUGGCCCCAUGUUGCGUCGGCAAGAUUAAAUCAAGCAAGUUGGUCUACCCUCGUUCUGCUACACUUUCUGCUCAUCUCUCACGCGCUGAGUAUGAAGUACUGGCGAAAGCUGCUGACUUUGGGCAUUGGAGCAUUGCUGCCGUAGCACAGACGGAUAUCAACCGCAGACGCCGACGUUGCAAGACCUUUCUUGAGAGUGAUCGCAAUAUGUUAGCCGAGGAAGCCCAGUUCGAUACAUUCAUGUUUAUCAUGCACCCGCCGACAGCCACUCCCAAAAAUUAUGUUUUGAUUGGUAUCCCGCGUGAUCUAUCCGUUGGAGAUAACGCAACGGAGGAUGUAAACAUAUUCUUUCAGCUGGCAUGCAAAGAAACACUGUAA